CCCAUUAGUGCAAUGGUCAGUGCUGCAACGGCCGGACGACAUAUAUACUUAACGGAACCGGAGUGCAAUGGUUCCGCCGAGUAACGCCUGAAGGAGGGUACACCAGUACGCCAAAAUCGCCCAGGAAUUGAACCUGGCCCCCCGGAAGCGCUCCCCGCCUAACGGGCCACCUGAACAGUCGGGGUGUGCAAGGACUGCUGUUGGGUAACGAGUCCCAUAAUGCAGAGAACUACAUGCUAUGAGACCCUAACCCGCGUCAGUUUACGUUUUAUUGACGAUCUCCUUGAUCUCAUCGGGUUCGUUUACGCAGAGCAACAGUUGUUCCGAUGUUACUCAAAGAGUCACUGCCUCUAGAUGGCACAACACAACUAUCACGAGUCCCCACUAGCCUGCAAAUUACAGUAACAACUCGACAUGUACUUGGUUAAUUGAAGUUGCCAGUGAUACUCAAUCCGUUGGUUUUAUAUUGAAAGUCACUUUUAAUAGCUUCCAGUUAGAAGAAGCUAAAACGGCUUUUCUCAUUUGUAAUGACAAACUGGAGUUCUAUGAUGGUAACAGCACUAAUUUGUCAGAUCUUCUUGGAUCAUACUGUGGAGCAGUAUCUCCCAAUGUUGUUUAUUCCACUGGACGGCUUCUUUAUGUCAAGUUCCAGUCAGAUGGACGUUAUUCCGACAAGGGAUUUAGUUUAAACAUUUCGGCCGUUAUGGAAGAGGAAGCCGCUGGUAUUUGUCGUAGGACGGAUAGCCUAGAUAAAGUACUCGAGCUUGGCGGGUUGUCGGGCACAUUCUUUACUCCAGAUUACCCUGUUCUUUACCCGAUGGCUGCGCAGUGCACUUGGGUGAUCUCUGUUCCCGCUGGUCGAAGAGUGAAGUUGACAUUUGAAGAUUUUAAUCUAGGAGUAAAAAUUGAACCAGAUGCUAUUUGUCAAGAAAUGGACUCAACAGAUUAUGUGCGGAUCCGAGAUGGGCGGCUGAAAGAUAGCAAAGAGCUUGCUAUGUUCUGUGCAUUGAACAAGCCGAUCUGGGGGAACAUAUACGAUGUUUACUCCACUGGAAAUUAUAUGCGGGUCUCGUUUGCCGCCUUUAGGCUUAAUCAGUUAGGUCGCCUUGCCUCAAAAGGCUUCAAGGCCCGUUACCUUUCUUUGGACGCUUCUCCUGAUGCCUAUUCUAAGGAAUUGUGUUACCGAGGAAACGUCAACAAUAAUAACCUGAUGUUAACUGGUUCAAAUGGAACUCUUAAAAGUCCAGAGAAGAAUUCAGUUUACCCCCCAGCUAUGAGCUGCGAUUGGCUAAUCACUGUACCAGAUGGAAAAAUCGUCAAACUCAGCUUUGACAGGUUUGAAUUGGAACCCAGCUUUGGCCAGCCAUGUACUGAAGAUUAUGUAGAAAUCCGUGAUGGAAGAGAAAGUAACAGUGCGAAAAAAGGAAGAUUCUGCGGUAAAGAAAAACCAAAGGACAUUGAGUCAAGCGGAUCCUACAUGAGAGUGAUUUUCAGAUCUGACAAGUCAGCUUCAAAUUACAAAGGUUUUAAGGCCACGUUUCUGGCAACCUCUACAGGAAAAUUCCACUAUUUGAGCAUUCCCAGGUCCCAAUUGAAGGAGCUGGGAGCGAACCUUCAGGUUCGUUCCCAGCUCCUUCAUAUCCUCACCGGAUAUAUGGGUAUGGAAGCCGCAUCGGUCCGCGACAUGCUAUUUGCUGUUAUUCUGAUCAUCUUAUGCAUGCAAGGUGUAUUUUCCCAGGAUGAUGCCUGUGGAUGGUAUGGUACAAGAGUUACAGUUUCAGAAUCGUCUAAAGUAACUAUUACAAGUCCAAACUUUCCUCUGGAUUAUGGCAAUAAUGAGAAAUGCAAGUGGAGAGUGAGUGUUUCACAAUCAGCUUCAUUCGGUGAUUUUAUUAUAAAAGCAACUUUCAAUGAAUUUGAUUUGCAAUACCAUGAUGGAUCAGGAGACUGCCCGUAUGAUAGCCUGACCUUUCUGGAUGGGGAUUCAUCUGGCAGUGAUCUUAUUGCAAAAUUCUGUGAUACUGUUCACCCAGAGGUGAUUUACUCAACUAAAGAUGGAAUGUUCAUUGAGUUCGAGAGUGAUAGUACUAGUACUUACAAAGGAUUCAACAUGACUCUUAUGGCAGUAAAAAAAGAGGAAGGAUUAGGAUUGUGCAGCCCAUCAACAAGUCAGAUUAAGCAGCCCAUUGGUUCUGGUACAUUAUAUACACCACAAUUUCCGAUCCCAUACCCGGAUGACACCACCUGUAUUUGGAUAAUCACUGCUCCAUUCGGAGAAAGAGUAAAAUUGACGUUUGAGGUAUUUGAUCUUCCAACAUCCCGGCCUUAUUUCCUUGGACAGCGGGGCUCUGAUGGUCAAUAUUGUAGUGAAGAUGAAUCCAUGGUUGCAGAUAAAGUGGAGAUACGGGAUGGUCCUUGGCCUGACAGCAAACUACUCGGCAUUUAUUGUGGUGACAGAUCGGAUUUGGUUGUUCAUUCCACUGGGCGUUACUUGUGGGUAAAGUUUCGUUCCACUUCCGACGGCCAGAGUGAGAAUCGUGGUAUCAAAGCGCCUUUUGAAGUUGUAGACCCCAUUGUUAGUGAGGAGCAGUGUAUACCUGGAAACACCAAAAACGAUAAUCUGAUAUUGACUGGGUCAGAAGGAACGCUACAAAGUCCUAUGGAGUACUAUCCACUCAAUUCGAAAUGUGAUUGGCUGAUCACUGUACCGGAGGACAGCUUUGUGAAACUCAGUUUUGACAGAUUCGACCUGGGCUUAGAUGGUUGUAACUCUGAGAAUAUAAAGGAUUAUGUAGAGGUUCUGGAUGGCAAAGAACUUGACAGCGAAAGCAAAGGAAAAUUUUGUGAUCGCACAAUACCACCCGUUAUUCGGUCGAGUGGUCGACAUAUGAGAGUAGUUUUUGUAUCCGACUCAUAUGGACCAUUUUACACGGGAUUCAAAGCUACAUAUACAGCAGUCGAGAAAAAGGAUAACACUGUACAACUGCAUUUGACCAUAGCGGUUGUCAUUCUCAGUGUGAUUCUGUUCAUGGUGGUUGCCUGCUUACUCGUGCAACGUUUAAAGCGAAGAAAACAGCCUCGCAAUGAAGCUGCCAGUGGUAGAAUGAAAAUGUCAACAAUCGCAAGGUCAGAUUCUGCGGCUGAACUCGCGGGAGUGACCGAGCAUUCUCCUCCCCCUACCCCACGGGUUUCUGUUGCCCCAUCAACAAACUCUUCCAGACCCCAACAGGUUGGUUAUGGUCCAGUGCCGACGGCCCCAAAUCUACCACCCUCAGAAAGCCCAGAUUUGGUAGAACUACCACCACCCUACCCUACAGAAGAACAGAUUCCGCAAUCUGUUGCCAUGGAUACGGUUCCACUGUCAGGGGAAUCGCAUCCAUGGCAACAGACUCAAGCGUCGACAGACCGCGAGAGUACAUCCUUCAUCGAAGAAGGAGUGCCAUUUCAGUUCAUUGCAAUGGAAAUCACCGAAACCUGGACGAUACUAGGUUUGGUGUUAUUUUCCUUGAUGGCUAGAGCCACAUUUGCACUGGAAAUUGCAAACAGCUCUACGGAGGUUUGUUUUCCUGGUAACAUCAAUAAUAACAACCUGAGAUUGAAUGGCUUAAAGGGAAGUUUUCAAAGUUCUGAGCGCCCCCUCGUAAAUUCAAGCUGUGACUGGCUCAUAACUGUUCCAGAAGGGAAAAUUAUAAAACUUGUUUUUGGUAGGUUUUCUCUUGAUUAUGAUCGAUCUCCUGGGGGAUGUCCAAGAGACUUUCUGGAGAUUUAUGAUGGGAAUAGCAGUUCUAGUGAAAGAAGAGGCAGAUUCUGUGGCCUCGUAAAGCCAAUGAACAUUUAUUCAACUGACCGAUACAUCUUGGUCCGACUCAGAACAGAUAAUGAGUCGUCGUUAUGGAACCCUGGAUUUACGGCCACAUUCACGGCCGAGGAAACAUAUGUUUGUCCGUAUCAUACCAAAGUGCUUUUCGUCUCGGAAUCCUCCAACAGAACACUCACGAGUCCAAAUUACCCUUCGCAGUACGACAGCAAAACGCUAUGUAAGUGGCUACUUGAAGCACCCGAUGGACUCAUAGUUAAGGUGACAUUUCACGUUUUCCAACUGAAAGGAGGUUACUCUUGCAGAGAUAAACUUACAUUUUACGAUGGGAACGACACCACUUCGAAAAUCCUUGGAGCCGCGUACUGUGGCGAGACUCACCCAGAUGUAAUUUAUUCUACUAGACGACACGUAUUUGUUGAGUUCAAAACAGAUCCUUGCCGACGAAAACGCAAGGGGUUUAAAUUAAGUUUUUUAGCCGUUAAUAAAGAGGAAUCAGCUGCAAUAUGUCGCUCAUCAAGUGAUAAAGUCCUUCACCUCACUGGGUCCUCUGGUACUUUCUUCACUCCUUAUUACCCAGCUCCUUACGCAACAAACUGGACAUGCAUUUGGCUAAUUUCUGUUCCAGCUGGCAAACGAGUGAAGCUUAUCUUUCAAUAUUUCGACAUUAAUGUUUAUGGCACCUUUCAGAUACGCGAUGGUAAAAAUCCUCAAAGCCCUGAGCUACGCCGUCUGUACGGAGAAGAUGAUGUUUAUUCUACUCAAAGUUACAUGUGGGUGAAGUUUUAUUCUGGUGCUCGUAGUUGGUUUUAUAAGUCGAGAGGUUUCAAAGCACGCUUCGAGGCUCUAGAUCCUCCCGGAAAUCCCAAGAAAUUUUGUUAUCCUGGAAACAUUUACAACAACAACCUAAAACUAAAUGGGUCGUUUGGAACUCUGGGAAGCCCAGACGAACGUUACUAUCCACAUUUUAGUUGUACAUGGCUUAUCACUGUGCUGGAAGGAGAGAUUAUCGAGCUGAGGUUUCAAAACUUUCAUAUACCCAAGGGUUCCUCCUCAAAGUGUACACCAGAUUAUGUGGAAGUCCUUGAUGGGAAGCACAGCUCUAGUAAAAGUAACGGAAGAUUGUGUGGGUACGACACACCAGAACGAAUUCGCUCGAGCGGUCGAUACAUGACGGUUCGUUUCAGAUCUGGUGAAACCAUGUCAGCGUACAGUGGGUUUGACGCUACAUUCGAAGCUCAGAAUGUGCCAGUUGAACCUGCUGCAUCUUCUACUUCCAAAGAAGUUUGUUUGCCAGGGAAUCCCAACAAUGAGAACCUGAUGUUGACUGGCACCGAGGGGACAUUACAAACUCCCCUGGAGUUUUACCCCACGGAUUUGGUCUGUGUUUGGCUUAUCAUUGUACCGAAAGGAAAAAGAGUAGAACUCAACUUUGAGAGAUUUGAUAUAAGUCCAAUAGGAUGCUUUGAUCAUGUGCAGAUCUUUGAUGGAGAGACUGACCAGAGCCCCAGUUUAGAACAAUACUGUGGAGAUUCGGUUUUACAGGAGGUUCGGUCAACUGGUCGGCAUAUGUUGGUCAGAUUCUACUCAGACUCUGAGUCUGGUGAACUACAUACUGGAUUCAAGGCUUCUUUUAAAGCUAUAAGCG